AUGCAGUUCUCCCACGCUCUCAUUGCUCUCGUUGCUGCCACUCUGGCCAACGCUCAGCUGCCUGACGUCCCAGCCUGCUCGCUGAGCUGCUUUGUCACUGCUUUGACCACCGAUGGCUGCUCCGAGCUGACCGACUUCGCCUGCCACUGCCAGAAGACCUCUCUGGUCAGCACCAUCACUCCCUGUGUCCAGAAGGCCUGCGAGGUUAAGGACCAGAUCUCCGUGUCCAACGCUGUUGUGUCCCAGUGCUCUUCCGCCGGCCACCCCAUCGUUGUUCCUCCCAUCGAGACCACCUCAGCCUCCAGCUCCGCCGCUGAGACCAGUGCCAGCUCGAGCUCCUCCAGCUCCGCCCCCGCUGAGACCAGCGCCAGCGCCUCUGCCAGCGCCAGCGCCAGCGAGAGCUCCAGCGCCGCCGGUUCCUCCAGCGCUGCCGAGUCCUCCUCCGCUGCCUCCAGCUCCGCCGCCGGCUCUGCCACUGCCACUGCCACCGCCAGCUCCGGUGCCGGCGCCAGCUCCAGCGGCGCUGCUGCCUCCACCCCUCUGGCUACCAAGACUGGCUCCGCCUCCGCUUCCGCCAGCUCUCCUGCCUACACUGGCGCUGCUGCCAACGUCAAGGGCAACAUGGCCGGUGUUGCUAUGAUCGCCGCCGCUGCCGCUUACGUCCUGUAA